GCGAUACCUACGUGCUCGCCGGAUAGAGCGCAUGAAUAAUACGCACCCAUCUGCGUGUUUCGUGCCAUCUUACAUGGAAUAGUCCAAAGAACAUAUUUUUUUUCUGUGUAACAGUGUGUUUAUGAAAAAUCGUCAACUUCCGCAGCAUAAGAACUAAUUUAUGCCUGGAUAAAACCAUAUUUUUUUUUUAUGUUUUUGUUUUUGCAAUUUUAAUGCAAAAGUAAAAGUGUUUUGGUUCAAACGUGUCGUGUGCUAACAAAGCAAAUAAUUUCACCCUCGUCAUUAUUCGAACCUGGCCUCUUGGAUGUUAUUCUCAACACACUGAUGCACAUGUAAUUUAAAUAGCAAAGAAAAAAGAAAGGAUCUGCUUAGCUAUCGUGAAGAUUCAGUGCCAGAAAGCAGCUGAAUUUUUUCGAAACUAAAAUGAAGGUUACUGAUUUCACUCGAGCAAAUUCCGUAAGUCACGUCGCCCCGUGCAAAGGAUGAGGCUUUCCAAAGGAUAUAGGACAUUAUCACCAGCAUCGAACGCUGACCAGACAUUGCCACUCUCCUACAAAUUAAAAACUAGUCUGAGCCUCUAUCGGCUGCUCGCAAUUGUCUUGGUGAUUGGAUCGCAAGUUCAUGUUCUGUGCACGGCAUCCGUCGAACCUAAAGCAACCACAACUAGUACACAACCCAAAAUCAGCGAGAAUCAUACUUCACAUUUUGAUGACUAUAAUAAAACUAAAGCAACGCUAUCAACUGCUGGUUACCUGUCAGCCACAAGGGCAACUCUUUACGCGUUUUCAUCACAGGACCAGGACGUGUCCCAAAUGACAGUGGAGGUGUGGAACUCAUCCAUCCCUACGAAAAUAAGCCACGAUAAAAUACCCACUGAAACACCAGGCAGCACCGAGAUUAGCAAUAGCCUUCCAAUCAAAAAUUUAGUAGAUAUCAUUGGGCGUUCGGGGACAACAGAUCAUCAAGAACCGACAGUAACAAUGCCAACCAAGGCAUUUGCAUCGCUCAAAAUCGAUAAGAAUGUCAUAAAACAGCCCAUCGAUUCCACACGAACGAGAAAUCAUUGGACAGCGAGUGGAUUCGCUAGAGUUACAGAAAGACCCCGGAGUAAGCACCACCACGAACAUCACUGGGGACCUUUCUUUGAGGAGCCAAUCAAUUCGCCAACUUCCGGCGACAAUUUAGUAUCCGCCGUGCAUUUGUUUACGGAAGCGGUGCUUAAUUGUCGAGUCGGUAUGCUCAAGGACAAGACGGUUAUGUGGGUCAGGCGAACAGCGGAAAAGGUAUCACUUCUGACUGUUGGCAAUGUGACGUAUAGUGGAGACCCAAGGAUUCGGGUUAAGUUUCAGUAUCCAAAUAAUUGGAGGUUACUGAUUAAUCCAACGCAGACUGAAGAUGCCGGAGUUUACAUGUGCCAGGUUUCCACCCAUCCUCCCCGGGUAUUCACUACAAAUCUCACUAUCUUGGAACCUCCUUUAAGAAUAAUCGAUGAACACGAAAGGGAUGUUGGGGACAGAUAUUAUAAGUCAGGAAGUACCGUCGAUCUACAAUGCCAAAUAUCGCGUAGCUUUUUCCAAAAGGAAAGACAAACCAUUAUAAAGUCAACCGAUACUGCAAAUGAUGCUGUACAAAAAGUAGUUAAUGAGUCGACUAGUGAGCUUAAUUUAAUUGGUAACACGAGUCAUGCACAUACCAAAUUCUCUGGCCAGGACUUAGAAAAGUACUUUACUAAGUUUAUUACCUGGGCAAAGGACGAAGAACCACUCCAAGGAAUGACCAAUAAGCGUUUAAGUGUUUCCGAUGUCUGGCUAACUAGUCGUAUAUCCAUUGGAGAUGCCAAGCUCUCCGAUAGUGGAAACUAUUCCUGUUCUCUUGGCAGACUGUUUACUGUAAUUGUCCAAGUACAAGUGCUGACAGGCGAACUACCAGCGGCUGUCCAGCACAAUAUAGCACCAAGGCCCGAAAUCAGUUAUAUCGUAUUUUUGGGAUUUUUCCUGGAACUCAUUUUCCUCAUUACUUGCGUGAAAAUCGAAAGUCAAGAAUUCUAAUCAAAGUGUCAAAGAGUCGGCAUCAGAAACUGGAGCCAAUCGAUUUUCACAAACAAUUAACCAAUUAAUUAUUAAGUAUAAAAGACAUUGGCUGGUUCUAAACAAAGGUUUUAGUUUUAAUGUUAAGAAUCAGAAGGUGAUUUCAUUACAUAUUUAUGUUAUAGUGCCUAUGGUAUAAAAGUAUCGAAGACUACUAAUUUGUUUAGAAAAAUAUUUUAAAUUAAAAAACAAAAAACCCUGUGUUGAAAUUCGCAGAACUGUUAUUAUAAUUAAUUUAGAAAUGAUGUUAAGAUCUCGUCUUAAUAAUGCCUUUACAGAGUUAAAUAAUUGGCGAGGAUCCAGAUUUCAAUUAAAAAAAUGUUUCUGCAACUAUUUCCUGUUGAAAAUAAGUAUAUGAGCUCCAAUAAUUUUUUUUUAACAAUUAUUACAGGCAAAUCAAAUGUAUCAUACUUAAUUUUUAUCGUAUACCUCAUAUUCACAGGAUAACCAGUUUUUUUCAAGAAAACAACGAUCUGAUUAAAAACUUAUCCGGUAUACUACUUUUUCAUCACCUAUGUUGCUGUUUGUAUUUUUGGAUUCGGGUGCUUUUGUUUCACUUGGACAAUUUCAAAUAUACAAUGAUCAAUAU